ACGGAAGUGACGCAGGACGCGGCGCGUUUAAAAAUUUGUUCUCAACACGGAAGUGUGACAGCGAGAGACCGUUUGUGUUAGUGAGCGAUGUUAUGCUGUAAUUAGCUACAAAUCCUGAAAUAAAGCCCACAGUCGGAACGAUUCAGAAAUGGCAUCUAAAGGAGCCAAGGAAACUUUUGCAAAUAAACUAGGAUUUAAAAGCAGUGGCUCAAAGGCUUUAGAAGCUGAACUUGAAAACCUGAAGAAGGAAAACGCCCAUUUGAAGAAGACUGUAGAUGAACUUUCAAAGCGAAAGCUAAGGCAUCCUCCUGCACGUCCAGAUGCAGAUAAAGACAAGCUUUUGGAGAGGAUUUUGUCAUUGGAGACACUGAGGGAAAGGAACACAAAGCAGCUGCUGGCUAAAGAACAGGAGAUCGACAUUAUGAGGCAACAGCUGCGGGCUGAAGGUGGAGAGCUUGUUGCCUCGCUGCAGAACCAGCUGGAUCAGAAAAGGCACGAGGCAGAACAGAGAGAGAAACUCUUACAGAGCGUAUCGCAGGAGACUGAGGACCUAAAAAACAAAUUGGUGGCGUUCACUGAGAAGUGCCAAGCACUCGAAAAACGUAGUGCUGACAUGCAGGUUCCUUCAGGUGAGUCUGCCAUGAUCCAGGAGCAACUACGAGAUGCUCUGGAAAAAAAUCAGCAGUGGCUUCUUUAUGAUCAACAACGAGAGGCCUUUGUUCAAGGGAUUCUGGCCAGAGUUGCAGAGCUUGAGCAGCAGUUAAACCAAGCCAAGCAAACACUCCAACAACAGCACAAAGAGGGCAAUUCAGAAGGUCCAUCAUCUGCGUCAGUGCAGCAGGAGAAGCAGCUACAAGACAGCCAAAGGGAGAGGGUGGAGGAACGCAAAAGAGCGAACCGCUUACAGGCCGAGCUUGAAGAGCUCAAGGCCAGGUAUGAAGAGAAGAGCCGUGAGGUGGUGCGAGUCCAGGAGGAGCUACAAGAGGAGCGGAGAAGCAGCCGACAGACUGUGGCAGAGGAACGGAAGCUAAAUAUGGAGCGAGUAGCCAGACUGCAGUGUGAGCUAGAUGCUGCUGAUGUUAGGCUUGAGGAGGAAAGGAAGAGAGCGGCCGAGCUGCUACUGCAGGUGAACCUUCUUCAGAAAUCUCUACUGACUCAGCAUGAAGAUCAGAAAAGAAUUGCUGUUUUAGAGCAACAGAUUAAUUUGUCCUCUAGAGACUUUGAGAAUGAGAAACUAGACCAUCAAAGUCUACAGCACCAGCUCCACAAAGUGCUUAAAGAGCUUCGCAAGGCUAGAGAUCAAAUCACACGCUUGGAGUCGACCAGACAGCGAGAAACUCGGUUCUCUGAGCCAAGCUCAUACACAAGGCUGGAUUUGGAUAAGAUGACCAUUCAGGACCGCAUCCUGAACCCCACGUCUCCAUUAAAAAGCUCCAACACAUUGGAUGAGAGCUUUCUGGAGUGUCCCAACUGCAGGACCUCAUACCCUACAAGUCAACACAGAGAGCUUCUUGCACAUCUUGACUACUGCUUUCAUUAAGAUCUUUUUGUUUGUUUUACUUCCCCAUUUUAUAUCUUUGUAUCAGAUUAUUUUUUUAUUUCAAAUAAUAUUUUCACUGUUUGAUACAUUGAGUUUUGAAUUAAUCAGUUGUGUGCUUCGGAGGAUUUUUAAUAUUUUUUUUAUUAAUGUGAAGCUUAUUUAAGGGAAAUUUUUAUUUAUGCUAGUUCUUUUGGGUUAACUCAAAUGUACGUACCUAUUCAUUCAUUUAUUCAUUCAUAAACAGGUUUACCUUCCUAUCAUGACAAUGCCUUAAAGGUGUUGAAGUGGCACAGGAUAAACUCACGUUUAGUAUUCUGUCCUGAUUUUCGAAAUCAGAUCUGUCUUGAAUUAGGCUACAUGCAAUUAAAUCCUUGUAUUAGACCUAUUUAAAGCAUGGAGAUUAGUGAGACUGCAGGGGGAAGGAGGUUUAGGAUGUCUCAAUUUAGAAAACACACCCAGGUGGGGUAUAUAACUCAAAUAAGGUUAUAGAAGCAGAAGAAUCCUUUUUUUUUUACAUUUUAUUUUUUAUAACGCAACCUCUUACUACUUGUAAAGUAUUCAUGUUGACAAAAACAUUAUUUGAUGCCAUUUGCUAUUGUGUAUGCUUUUUCUGAUUGUUGUUCCUCCACAACAUUUACAUUAAAACAUUAUGUUCAGAACUUCAGGGAUUCAUGUAAUAAGAAAAUCAGCCAAUAAACAGCAAUGUAUAUACUAAGCCUCACCUUAUUAUAAUAAACUUCUGGUUUGAAGGGA